GCCCCAGAAGCGCCCUUUACCCUUCCGAGCAGGCGAAGCUGCGGGAGGCGUAAGCUUGUGGGAAGAAGCUGCGAGGUCUCAAGAGCAAGGAAGAGGGAGAGAGGACCCCCCGCACCCCCAUUCUUGCCUGCGGAGGAAUUGCUGCCCCGAGACAUGGAGUCGACCAGUUUGGAUAUUUCCAUCUUGAUCGCUGUGGCUGCAGUUGUACCAUCAAUCCUCUUUUUGCUUUAUAAAAUAAUUGGAUCUCAGAAAAAGAAAGAUCCAGUUACCUUGCAGGAUCCAAUGAUCAAAUAUCCAUUGUGUUUGAUAGAGAAAGAGGAUAUCAGCCAUGAUACCAGGAGAUUUCGAUUUGCACUUCCAUCACCAGAACAUAUAUUGGGCUUGCCUAUAGGCCAGCAUGUAUACCUUUCUGCCAAAGUCGGUGGUAACAUUGUGAUUCGGGCUUACACUCCAGUUUCUAGUGAUGAAGUGAAAGGCUAUGUUGAUUUAAUAAUAAAGGUUUACCACAAAAAUGUUCACCCCAAAUUUCCGGAAGGUGGAAAGAUGUCCCAGUACUUAGACAACAUGAAGAUUGGUAAUACCAUUGAUUUCAGAGGGCCUAAUGGGCUUCUGGUAUACAAAGGAUCAGGCAAAUUUGCUAUCAAAUUGGAUAAAAAGUCUGAAGCAAGGAUAAAGUUUGUUAAGCACCUUGGGAUGAUUGCUGGGGGAACAGGAAUUACUCCCAUGCUUCAACUGAUCCGCCACAUCACAAGGGACCCUACUGAUAAUAUGAAAUGUUAUCUCCUUUUUGCUAAUCAGACAGAACAAGAUAUAUUACUGAGACCAGAGCUUGAAGAUGUAGCUGCAAACCACCCAGACCAGUUUAAAUUGUGGUACACUUUGGACAGACCACCUCAAGGAUGGAAAUAUAGUUCUGGCUUUGUUACUGCAGACAUGAUAAAGGACCAUCUUCCUCUCCCCUCUGGAGACAGUUUGAUUCUUAUGUGUGGACCUCCACCCAUGAUUCAGUUUGCCUGUCAGCCCAGUCUUGAGCUUCUGGGAUAUGGAAAAGAAAGCACAUUUGCUUACUGAACUUGAAGUUAAUUCAUUAGGAAAUGUCAUGGAUACUAUGGUUAUGCAAAACAUUUGAAGGUGCUCUUUACAAAGUGGGUUGAUGUAAGUGAAGUGUUCCUCCUUGAGGCAUUAAAACAACCAUGGCCUCUAGAAAGGUCACUACAGCUACUUUGAAGAGUUUUUCCAAAUGUGUGCAUGUGUUUUGUGCAUGUACAACUGCUUUGAUUGGCUGGCAGUCCCCGGGGAAAGUGUUGUCUGUGCAAGAACACACAUUGCAGAGAUAGCUGGGGAAAGACUUCAGAGGCGCUGACCCUUCAGAAAAAGGACACUUUUCUGACACUUUUCUGUGCAAAGUACCCCUUUCUAAUACUUUGCACAGCCUUAAUAAAGGUUUAUGAACCUUUUCUCACUUGAAUAAAAUGAUAUAUUUUGUGGGCUCUGUAUUUCCAUGUAAUAUUUCUUGUUGCAAUUAUUAAUGUAUAAAGUGUGAACUGCUUUUGAAACAAGUUGGUUAGAAUGAGUUGCAAUGGACAGAAGUAGAGAGCCUGUGGCUUCCUGCAACCUCUGAAGCCCCUUUUUGCAGCCUUUGGAGCUUCUUCUGGCCAGUUGCUGAAGCUGACUUCAGUUUCUCUCCAAUAUGAAGUAGGAAAUGUAAAAACUAUGACAUGCAGUUUUUAAAACAUAUAAUUAAAAAGUCAAGUUCUGGUUUAUUUAAAACAUGACCCAAAAAAAUCUGAUGGGGGUUCUCUUCUAAAUAGCCAAUUUAAGUCCAGAUCUCCCUCCCCAAGUUAUGACUCCAGCUGACUUUCAUGGCACACUGAGCCAUUCCUAGAGAGAAAACAUGCUCACCUUCCUUGGUCUGACAAAAUCCUAUUGAUGAAAUUCUUUAAUGCGCAGUCUCUGACUGGAGAGGGAUGCAUUUAGCAUGGCAUUUCUUGUGGGAAAGAUGGUGGUCAAGUGUCAUCUAAUUUUCCAAAAUGUUUUUCUUCUGAAUCUAUGCAGUUUUGCAUGCGCAUUUAGAAUAAGCAUGCACCUAUAGAUGGAGAGAUUCAGCACUACCCACUAUGGAGGAAUGGGUGGUGAAGCUGACACAUUUUGCUGAAAUUGAUAAAUUGACUUCUUUGAUUAAUGACACUACCUACAUUUACAGAUGACUAGAAGCCAUGACUUUUUGCAUAAAAAUGAAAAAAAUGAAUUUGUGAUUUAUGGUUUUGAUGAUUAGACAGGACAGAUUAUAGAAAGAAGAGUAAUAUGAUGCAUUGUUAGAGGGGUUAAAUAUAUUGUACUUAUAACUGCUGUGAAGAAUAUCGGAAGCUCCUGCCUUAUAUAUUUCUUCUCUUUUCUAUUUUUAACACUUCUCCUUUUCUUGCACUUUCUGCUCUUUCUUUGAUUUCCUUCGUUUUCCCUUCUUUAUUUUCUUAGUUUAUAUUAUUUUGUGUGUUUUUAAUCUUCUUGUUUAAAAGUUUAAUAAAAAUUAUUAAAAAAUAAAAAAUAGAAUAAGCAUGAAAUUAUAGCACUAUUUCCUAUCAUAAACUUCAAACCAAGCUACUAAAGGGAAAUGUGCUUUAUACAUACCAACUUCAUAGCUGUAACUACUACUAGGAUUGACAUCACCUAAUCUUGUGUGCCAGCAUUUGAAGUGUAAGCAUUUUCCACAGAAACAUUUAAUGAUAUUUAGAUAAUAAUGAAGGCAAGCAAGGAAACUAUAUUUUAAAACCAUUGUUCUCAUGCAGAACUUUAUACCUCAGCUGGAUUCAAAAUAGUCAUAAUGCAGCAGAGAAAUCAAAAUCCUGCCAUUUAUUGAUGUAAAGAUACUCUGAUCCAAUGUAUUUUACUUUGUAGCCCAAAUGUGCUUCAUUGCUCAUGUGUCAGCUCCUGGGAACACCUGUACACAUGCUGGUAAUACAACAGCUGUUUUUCUAAAAAAAUUGUACAGUAAAGCUUGACAUGUUUGAACAUGCAA